GCUGCUACACCGACCGGCUACCUUAAAACCAAGCGCGCCCGGCGCCGCACCGUUGUCACACGUCUGAGCUAUAGACAGACACCUCGCCCGCUCCUUUCCUGGCUUUGCACCGCUGGUCAGACCACGUUCUAGCUAGCUAGCGCAACAAGCGCGCACUCCCGUUCCCACCCCCCAGGUACGGCUAAGCCGCCGCGCAUGAAGGAGACCGGGCAGCGGCCGUUCGCCGGCGUGGACCUCCGCCGGCCCAAGGGCUACCCGGCCGCGCCGGCGGACGUGGAGGUCCAUGGCGACGACCCGUGCCCGCGGUGCGAGUCGCGGGACACCAAGUUCUGCUACUACAACAACUACAACACCUCCCAGCCGCGCCACUACUGCAGGUCCUGCCGCCGCUACUGGACCAAGGGCGGCUCCCUCCGCAACGUCCCCGUCGGCGGCGGCUCGCGCAAGACCGCCUCCUCAUCGUCAUCGUCGUCUUCGGCGGCGGCGGCGAGCCCCAGGCGCGCCAAGAACUCCAAGCGCCGCCGCGUCGCGCUGGCAUCCCCGGAGCUCCAGACAGAGCCCGGCACCACCGACCCCGCGGGCGCAGCAGAGAAGGAAGCUAUGGCCGGCACCGUCGGCGAUCCCGCCACCGCCGUGGACGCAGCACGAGCGGAGGCCACGGCAACCGGCACCGUCGACCAUCCGGCCAUCGCCGUGGACCCAGCGACGACGGAAACCGCAACCACCGAGGACGGCGUCACAGCUGACGAUCAUGCCGCGCCCUGGGCGACGGACGGGGGUUUAACUGAUCACCCGUCGGCCGCGGAUGCCGGCGAGAAAGAGGUGAGCCCGUUCGAGUGGCCGUCGGGCUGCGACCUGGGGUCCUACUGGGCGCCCGGCGUGUUCGCCGACACCGACCCGGUGCUGUUCCUUAACCUGCCGUGAUCGGUCGAUGAAGCACGGUGAGCUUGUACGCUGAUUAGCGGUUUCAUUACGAGAUGGAUAGAGCAAAUUAGUCGACGUAAUCUCCCAGGCUUUCAGCUGUCUUCAAGCUAGAGCGCAUCAUCACUCAUUUUUAGUUCUUUGAUGAAGGCUAACCUCCUGUAAGGUGCUCCCUGUAUAAAACCCCACUGUCUUUCGAUCAUGGUGUUCCAAGCUCAGAAAAAUGUAAUUACGCUAUC